GACCGCUGGGGAUACUCAUUAUUCGCGGUUAAGGUAGAUGCCGGACACCAUGCGCGCCGGUUUGCGCUAUGGCAGCACUGUAGAAGAGCUCAUACCCGAAUGUCUUGGCUUUGGCUGCCGCAAGAUCUCUACUGUAAGCUCCCCCAGUCUGAUGGCCACUUUCUUGGGACAGUUACGAGGAUGACGGUGCCAGCAAAGCGCCCAAACCCAAAAGCGAGUCAUAACACCGUCUCCAACCCUACUGCACAGGAGCCCAUUAGCAACGCCUCAAACCUGAAGCCUCCCUACAUGUGCACUCGGCCGCAUCUGACCUUCGUCAAUCCGAAAUCUACUUAUACCAAGGCACGCCAGCUGAUACCGUUGAUAUUGAAGGACACCGGCAUCGACAAGAGGUCAGAGGUCCUCCUCCACCGUGACACUCCUUUGGCGAAUCCCCUCUUCGAGAUGGACGACAUCGACUCCACAGUCAUCGAGACGUCGAGCAGCCCGAAACACGAGAUCCGCCCCGAGCAGAUCAUCAGCCUCAUUAUCGCACCUAUAUCGUCUUGCCUCCUGGCAUACCUACUUCGUGAGGGAAUCGUUGCUGCUAGGUUAUCGGCAAGAUCUAAUGGCUUUCAAGGUCACCAGUGGUCCGCCAUUAAAGACUGGCGUCCGUUGCCAUGGACAAGAUGGCUUGUGUUAUUCACCUACCUCUUCUCGUGCCUUUUCGUCUUCGGAUCAUGGGUCUUCCAGCUUUUAUUUCUGGCUGAGCUUCGCAUGGAUUUCAUACCAUGUUCAGCUGCGGGCAUACUGUGUCUGACUGCCUACGUCGUAAUUAAACUCGUCUACCUUUUCAUGGUUGAUAAAGCGCAUGUUAUCCGAGGCACUACCAAGUCUCGUCUCAAGUCCAAAUUAUAUGUAUUCAAUGCGUUUGUCAUGCUGGCUGUAUACGGCAUUAUAGCAACGUUCAACUUUGUCUCUCGAGGGUCUCGGUACGACAAGGAAAAUGAUGUCUGCAGUAUCGGACUGGAACGCACCAUCCUGUUGCCCGUCAUUUUCUUUGACGCUGUUGUCAACGUGUAUCUGACGUCUCUGUUCUUGUUUCCACUACUGAGAUUACACUCGAUUCAAAUAUCGAUGAUGAAGCCAUGGACGAUGCAUGAGAAUACCCUUCAUUUCUCUCGAGUUCCGCCCAACGUAAGGCUACGGAGACUCGCAUUACGAACGUUUGCCGGUGUUAUCGGCACAUUGGCCAUUAGCAUUGCGCUAACAUCGAUCUCUUCUAGCAACCUAUCAGUGUUGGUCGCUCUGGAAGGCGAGAUAGUUUGGCUUUGUCUCACCUGUUGCAAUACGGACAACUCUAAAAUUUGGGUAGUUCUCUUCACCGCAUUUGUCAUUCAUUGGAUCAACUCUAGCGGCAAAGCUACUCCAAUAUCCAAUGUCGAAGUUGCUCCUAACCCAGCCCCGCCGCCACCAUCAAUAGAGCUGGGCGAAAAAGAAGUUGUGACCUUCACUGAAAUAUUUGAUCAACGACGAAAGUCGUACGACGACCACGAGCCAUAG